AGAAAAUAUAAAUGGCAAGAACAAAGUAAACUGCAAGAAAAAGCACAGCUGGUAAUAAAAAGCCUACAAAACAUUUGGCAACAAAAGCAGCUAGAAAGACUGCUCCAGCUGUUGGAGCAACAGGAGGUUUGAAAAAGCCACAUAAAUUCAGACCAGGAACUGUUGCACUUAGAGAAAUUAGAAAAUACUAAAAGUCAACUGAACUCUUAAUAAGAAAAUUACCAUUCUAAAGAUUAGUCAGAGAAAUUGCACAUGAAUUCUAAAAAGAACUCAGAUUCUAGAGUUCUGCUGUUUUGGCACUUUAAGAAGCUGCUGAAGCAUAUCUUGUUGGAUUAUUUGAAGACACUAAUUUAUGUGCAAUUCAUGCUAGAAGAGUAACAAUUAUGUCAAGAGAUAUCCAAUUAGCCAGAAGAAUUAGAGGAGAAAGGUUCUGAU